CACUCGGAAUCGAACAUGUCGUUAAGUUGGAAUACGCUGCUCCUGCCGCUGCUCCUGUUCACCUGCGUUGGCUGCCUGACUGUGCCGGCUGUGCCCAAGCUGCGACAGGAUGGACGCAUUGUGGGUGGCGUUCAGGUGUCUAUUAAGGAUUAUCCGUAUCAAAUUUCACUGCAGCGUAGUUUUCACAUGUGCGGCGGUUCAUUGAUUGGCGUCGGCUGGGCACUGACCGCCGCCCAUUGUGUGGAGAGCGCUAGUGUGGAGUCCUUGAAGGUGCGCGUCGGUGCCACGCGCAAAGAGAAGGAUGGCCUGAUCGUCAACAUACGGCGUAUUCACCGUCAUCCCGACUACAAUUCACGAACAAUCGACUAUGACUAUGCCCUGCUAGAGCUGGCGCCCUAUAAUAGCACAGACGUCACCCAGGCAUUUGCCCAGCUGCCUGAACAGAAUGAGAAUCUUCCAGAUGGCACAUUGGUUACAAUCACCGGCUGGGGCAAUACUCAAAAUGCCGAGGAAUCGUCAGAUGUGCUGCGAGCUGUCACCGUGCCCACGGUGAAUCAGACCCAAUGCACAUUAGCCUAUGAGCAUUUUGGCUACAUUACGGACCGUAUGCUAUGCGCGGGUCUCACCGAAGGUGGCAAGGAUGCCUGUCAAGGGGACUCCGGCGGGCCGUUGGCCGUCAAUGGUAAAUUAUGGGGCGUUGUCUCCUGGGGAUUUGGCUGUGCAAAGCCCAAAUAUCCUGGUGUUUAUUCCAAAGUGUCGGCAGUAAGGGAUUGGAUUGCUUCGAUAAGUGGCAUAUAGAUUGUUGUC